GACAGAACCAAAGAGAUUCUUGUUGUCUUAUUUCAAGGCUGAAGCUAUUAUCUAUAUCAAGCGUGAUAUGAUUCAACAAGCAGUAGUAAAAGAAGAAUAUUUCAUAUUUGUGUAACUUGUUCAACAAAUGAUGCUGCAGAGGCAAAAUUCCGCUCCUCAUCAGAUGAUGAAGGUGGAGUUGGAGGAAAGGAGAGAUGAAAGAGUUUCUGCUUCGAGUUGUUCUUCGAUGGAGCAAGUUCGGUCGGUGAGAAGGCCGUCGAGGGAUGAUAGAAGAUACAUACAUGAGCUGAUGGGGAAGGUGAAUGAAUUGGAAGAACUCUUGACUGCUCACAAGAUGGCCUCCUCAUCAUGGACGAAUAGAGCUGGAGAGAGAAGACCAGCUAAGAUUUAUCCUGAUCAAUUGCUUGCAAUGGAUUUUAAUGGUAAUUCGGCUUUUAAUAUCAGGGGUGAUUAUGGUUGUAGUUAUAAUACCAAGAAGUCAGAAGGUUUAAGAGGAAGGUUAUAUGAGAAGUAUAUAGAGAAGAGAGAUGCAAAGCUGAGGGAGGAGUGGGGAUUGAGAAGGGCUUAUAAGGAAGCUAAGAUGAAGUCUAUGUGGGAUAGAUUCGAACAAAGUCAGGCGGAGAUGAAGGCUCGAUUUGGUGGGUCUGCUGAUGGAGAGGAUUUGGCUCUUCGAGGUCAUCGGCAUGCAGAGAAGCUGAAGGACUUUGGUGCUCGUUCAGCAAUUAAGGAUACAGAACUGCAGAAGGUAGAGUUCAUCCAGACAGAGGAAGAAAAUCCUUGCUUGCAGGUUCUAUAUGUUAGGUACAAAUUCUUUGAUGAUACACUACUCAGCCAUGGCUCUUCCAGCAGCAAUGAGUCUAAAAGGCUAUUAUCCAGUAGAAGUGCAUCUUCCUCCAUGUCUCAAAGCUCAGUUGCACCCAUUCCUAGGCCUCCUGUUAAAUCUGGUUUCAUAAGAAGAAGGACUCAGUCUGAAAAUACUCUAGCAAAAUCCGUUUCCAACAACUCCAAUCACAGAAAGGAGAAUAUGAAGUCAUUUACUGGAACUAGCAAGACAACCGGGUUGAGGACCCAUGCUCGAAGCAUGAGUACCAGUGAAGGUAUGAGCAUUUUCAAGGAAGAGAAGCCGCCAAGAUCCAGGUCUAUGAGAAAUUGCUCGGUUGGUUCUGGUGAGUUAAAAGAUCCUUCAUCGACAAACACUGACAGUGCCAGUAGUUUGACACCAUCAAGGUUUUCGAAGGAGCGAAGUGAGAAAACCAGUAAGAGGUUCCAAAAGUUAGGUGAGUCAGGGCCAUUUCUUAGGAGGGGCAAUGGGAUAAGGCCUGGUGCUGGAGCUUUUGUGAUCCAGAAAAAUGGAGAGGAGUCUGAAGGGUUGGUGGAUCAGAGUGAAUGCUCACCUGACACAGCUAAAGAUAAAGAUGAACAAUUAGAAAGAACACAUAGCAAAGGCAGGGCAACUGCUUUUCUUUCUGACUUGGAUAGUGAGAGACAAAGAUCCAGCCAAGAAUCAAGAAGUUCUGGCCUUGUCAGGCCUCAUAAUGGUGAUGUCUUUACACCAGCAUCUCACGGAGAUGAGUUCGAUGCCUCUGCAGGGGGCGUCGAAGAGUUAUCACAAGAAAAUGCUGGAUCUUGGAACUCACAUAUCAAAUAUCCAUCAUCCAAUUCUCAUGAGGCAUUAGAUGUUAAUGCUUCAGUGGAUACUCCUACCAGUUGCCCAGAUUCCUGGAAUUCUCACCCCAUGAACAAAAUGCGGAAGUCGGAUUCUACUCGAGUAAGGAAGAAAUGGGCGAAAGCCGAGAAACUUGUUCUUGCCACUACUGCUUCCCAUCAACCGCGAAACAGCGUGGCAGAAGGGUUCAAGAGAUUGUUUAAAUUUGGGAAGAACAGCAAGGAUGCAGAAGGUGUAGCACAUGGUUUGAGGUCUGGCUCAAUAGCUUCUGAUGUUGAUAAUGAUAUAGCAAAUGGCCAUGAUCUGGCAAACCAAUCAUUGGACGAUCUAAGGAAGUUGAGAAUGGAGUACUCAGUUUCUGCUUACCAUAGCCUAAAUGAGGGCAAGGUUUUUCCUGAUCAGGUUCUAUCGUUACGCAGAUCCAUUUCCAGUCAUCCUGCAAACUCCAGGCUGGGGGCAGAUUACAUGUCCGGAAACUCUCUGAAAGCACAUCGCUCGCUCUUCUCCCUUCCAUCGUUUCUUAGCAAGAGAAGUGAAUCCAAGCUUAGGUGACAGAAUGGUGGUCAACAGCAUCAGCAUUUUCCUAUAUUUCUGGAGCAUUAUAUCCUAAUGUGGGCUUCCAACAGAAGCUAGACAUCCCACGUUAUAGUUUGGAAAAUAUACUGUUCCAAAGAUUGUGGAAUAUCAUGUGACUCAGGGUUGUUGGAAUCAAUUUCUCCCUUUUAUCUCA